AUGAUGAAGGUAGGCUCAAAAAAUAUAAAGAGGCUAGACCAACAAAGGGGACAAGAUCUAGAUAUAGGUAGAGACUCACAGGAAGAAAUAGCAAUUCUAUCUUUGAAUGGUAUCUUAGAGUACUAUGAGGUACACAAUGAAAAGCAAAUGGUGUUAAUAUUUGUUGAUGCACAAAAACCAUUUGACAAUGUUAAAUGCGAGUUUAUGUUGAACCAGCUACAUUAUAUGGAAUUUGAGAGUUGGAUUGAAAGAUGCCUCAGUGAAAGUGAAAACAAACGUUAUUCCAGCCAGACAUCUCUGGCAAAUGUUUCUAAUGAUGAAAAUGAGGAGAAAGAGAAUAAUAGAGCAUCCAAACCGCACUCUACCCCAGCAACUCUGCAAUGGCUGGAGGAGAAUUACGAGAUUGCAGAAGGUGUCUGCAUUCCUCGAAGUGCCCUCUACAUGCACUAUUUGGAUUUCUGUGAGAAAAAUGAUACCCAGCCUGUUAAUGCUGCUAGUUUUGGAAAGAUAAUAAGGCAACAGUUUCCACAGUUAACGACACGAAGAUUAGGAACCAGAGGCCAAUCAAAGUACCAUUACUAUGGCAUUGCAGUAAAAGAAAGUUCCCAGUAUUAUGACGUGAUGUAUUCUAAGAAAGGAGCAGCCUGGGUCAAUGAAACAGGAAAAAAAGAAGUAAUCAAACAGACAGUGGCAUAUUCACCACGAUCCAAACUUGGGACGUUGCUGCCAGAAUUUCCAAAUGUCAAAGAUCUAAAUCUGCCAGCCAGCUUGCCAGAAGAGAAGGUAUCUACUUUUAUAAUGAUGUACAGAACACACUGUCAAAGGAUACUUGAUACUGUAAUAAGAGCCAACUUUGAUGAGGUUCAAAGUUUUCUUCUGCACUUUUGGCAAGGGAUGCCACCUCACAUGCUUCCUGUCCUGGGUUCUUCCACUGUAGUAAAUAUAGUUGGAGUUUGUGAUUCAAUACUGUAUAAAGCUAUUUCUGGAGUUUUGAUGCCAACAGUUUUGCAAGCAUUACCUGAUAGCUUAACACAGGUGAUCCGCAAGUUUGCCAAACAACUGGAUGAAUGGCUAAAGGUAGCUCUUCAUGACUUGCCUGAAAACCUACGAAAUAUCAAGUUUGAAUUAUCCAGAAGAUUUUCUCAGAUUCUUCGGAGGCAGACAUCAUUAAACCAUCUAUGUCAGGCAUCAAGAACUGUGAUCCACAGUGCAGACAUUACAUUCCAAAUGCUCGAAGAUUGGAGGAAUGUGGAUCUUAAUAGUAUCACUAAACAAACACUGUAUACCAUGGAAGAUUCGCAAGAGGAGCACCGGAAACUUAUAAUACAAUUAUAUCAGGAGUUUGAUCACCUUUUGGAAGAACAGUCACCCAUUGAAUCAUACAUUGAAUGGCUGGAUUCCAUGGUGGAUAGAUGUGUUGUGAAGGUAGCUGCAAAAAGACCAGGUUACCUGAAGAAAGUGGCCCCGCAGUUCCUCUUGAUGUGGUCCUGUUUUGGCACAAGAGUAAUUCGGGAUAUGACUUUGCAUAGUGCCCCUAGCUUCGGAUCUUUUCACCUUAUUCACCUGAUGUUUGAUGACUAUGUGUUGUACUUGUUAGAAUCGCUCCACUGCCAGGAGAGAGCCAAUGAACUGAUGAGGGCGAUGAAAGGUGGCACUGGAAUAGUUGAAGUACGAGAAGAGAUCAUAGUGGCAGAACCUGUCCCAUCGAGUCCCUCCCCUGUUGCUUUCUCUCCAGCGAAAUCUGCCACCUCAGUGGAUGUUCCAUCCAUUCCCUCUCCUAUAACCAGUCAGUCCCCAGAGUAUGCUGGCUUAGCAACCACCACAGGGGCCAUGCAGUCCUAUACAUGGUCUCUCACGUAUACUGUAACCACAGCUGCUGGAUCACCUGCUGAAAACUCUCAACCGCUGCCUUGUAUGAGAAGUCCUCAUGUUCCUCAUUCAUCUGUGACACACAGGAUACCUGUUUAUCACCACAGAGAAGAUCAUGGGUACACAGGAAGUUACAACUAUGGUACUUAUGGAAACCAGCACUCCCACCCGAUGCAGAGCCAGUAUCCAUCUUUACCACACGACAGCACUAUUUCUGCACCCCUCCAUUACUCAGCUUAUCACAGAAACUCUUCACAGUACCCUUUCAAUAGCCCGUCUUCACGGAUGGAGCCAUGCUUGAUGAGCAGCACCCCAAGAUUGCAUCCAUCUCCAGUUACACCUCGCUGGCCAGAGAUGCCCUCGGCAAACCCUUGUUAUACAAGUCCACCAAUGCAUUCCACAAGAUAUGGAAAUUCCAGUGACAUGUACACCCCGUUAACCACACGGAGAAAUUCUGAAUAUGAGCACAUGCAACACUUUCCUGGCUUUGCCUACAUCAAUGGGGAAGCAACCACAGGAUGGGCAAAAUAAACACGACUGGUAAUAUCAAUCCUACAUAUUUAAUAAAAAAAAACACAGACAAAAAAAGUCUAUGCCUUUUAGUAGAGUAACGGAAGUCUUAUGUGGACAUUGGUAAUGACUAUGAAGACGGGAAAUCUCUUGGGCACGUGACUAUAAGCAUGGCAUGCUCUACUGCUCUAGUGCAAUGGUUCCUCCAAGCAAGCAAGGUUUUAGUGCUGCUAUUAGUAUUAUGUAAGCCAAGGUGUGUCUUUCAUUUUGUGUCUUUCUCCACAUGCUAAAAUCUGCCCUAAUAGAUGUCAUCUCAACUAUCACUGAAUGUUCUCCAUCUGCUUUGCUUGUUCGUAAACCUACAAUUGCAGUAGAAUUUAUCAGCAUCAGACAGGCCUAUGUUCCUACGUACACCAUAGAAGCAUAAUGGACUUUAAAAUCAUCCAGUCUGGUCAUAAAAAAAAUACAAGUCUUGAUUUAAUA